GUCCUAAUCUGGCUAACUUGACUUCAGUCAUCGACUAAACGACUUCAACCAACCCGGAACUUUUAAGUCAACUAAUCAUUCCUGAAAACUUGUUGCAAGGAAUUCCCUCCUGCUUUUCCGAUGAGUUCAGAUGUUUCUCUAAGGAAAAAGUAACUUCUGGAGACUGAGGGGUGUUCCUUCUGAAGGAAAAAAGGCCAUUGCAAAUGUUUCUCGCUCCGACUGCGGCGGUUCCUGCAGGACAGUAGCCCUCGACUUGUCUUUUCAAACCAGCUACAGAGUGGUGGAGUCAAGAGGUGCCAAAAUGCCACAGCAGAAGGACAUAGUGAAGAUAGCCAUCCAGAUGCCUGGGGCCUAUCCCCAGCUUAUACAGCUGGACCAGAAAAAGCCCCUGUCUGCUGUAAUAAAGGAAGUGUGUGAUGGCUGGAAUCUCCCAGGUCCUGAGAACUACGCUCUGCAGUAUGCUGAUGGAGUGCAGACGUACAUCACUGAAUCAAACCGCCUGGACAUCAAGAACGGCUGCAUUCUGCGUCUGACCAAGGCACCGGGUCGCUGUGCAGAGGACUUGUUCAAGGGCAUCCAGAGCUUGGACCCAGGCGUGCGCUGCGAUUCGCUGAAGGAACUGGCGAGCGUUUCCACAGACGUGACCUUUGCUCAGGAGUUCAUCAGCCGAGACGGGCACCUCCUAUUAGUCAAGAUAGUAGAGGAUUCUAAUGAGAGUAAUGUGAUCAUGACUCACACACUGACUGGCUUCAUGGAACUGAUGGAUCAUGGGAUAGUUUCUUGGGAGAACCUCUCAUCUGUCUUCAUCAAGAAGAUUGCCAGCUUUGUCAACGCCAAGCCGACUGACGCAUCAAUACAGCAGGUGUCCUUGGACAUCCUGGAGAGCAUGGUGCUGAGCAGCCACAGCCUCUUCCUGCAGGUCAAACAGGAAGUCACCAUGGAGAGGCUUAUCGCCCACCUCCAGGUGACAAAUCAGCAGAUUCAGACCAAAGCCAUGGCCCUGCUCAUGGCCCUGCUACAGACAGCUGGAGACUCAGACAGACAGGAAAUGUUUGCAUUCCUAAAUAAGAAGAAUCUCCGUCAGUAUAUUUACAAGAACAUCAUCCACAGUUCUGGUUCAGUCCAGGAUGAGAUGGCCCACUACCUCUAUGUCCUACAGUCAGUCACUUUGAAUCACCUGGAGCCUCGUAUGAGGACGCCUCUGGACUGUUACAGCCAGGAGCAAAGAGACAUCCUUCACAAUUUGCGGCAGGCAGCGUUUGAGACAGAAAGCGAGAACAGUCUGAGCCACGAGAGGCGACGCUCUCUCUGUGCUAAAGAGUUCAAGAAACUGGGCUUCUCUAACAACAGUAACCCUGGUCAGGACUUGGUGCGAACGCCUCCUGGUCUUUUAGCUCUGGACACCAUGUUUUAUUUUGCCUCACGCUAUCCUGAUGCCUACAGCAGGUUUGUUCUGGAGAACAGCAGCAGGGAGGACAAACAUGAGUGUCCGUUUGCCAGGAGCAGCAUACAGCUCACACUCAUCCUGUGUGAAAUACUUCGUAUUGGAGAGCCACCCUCAGAGACGGGAUCUGACUAUCAUCCCAUCUUCUUCAGUCAGGAUCGGCUCAUGGAGGAGCUUUUCUGUGUCUGCAUUCAGCUGCUCAACAAGACCUGGAAGGAGAUGAGAGCCACACAGGAGGACUUUGACAAGGUGAUGCAGGUGGUGAGGGAGCAGAUCACCAGGACACUGUCCAGUAAGCCGACCUCCCUGGAGCUCUUCAAGAACAAAGUCAACGCUCUCAACUACAGCGAGAUCCUCAAACUGCGGCAGACAGAGCGGCUGCAUCAGGAAGAGACUCUCGCUCCACCUGUACUUGAACUCAAAGAGCGCCUGAAGCCAGAGCUGCUGGAGUUGAUUCGCCAGCAGCGACUCAACAGACUGUGUCAGGGAACCAUGUUCAGGAAGAUAAGCAGCCGACGCAGGCAGGAUAAACUGUGGUACUGCCGCUUGUCGCCCAAUCACAAAAUGCUUCACUAUGGCGAUGUGGAGGAAGACAUGGACAAUCCACCAAUAGAAACACUGCAAGAGAAGAUUCCAGUAGCAGAUAUCAAAGGCCUGUUGACAGGAAAAGACUGUCCUCACAUGAAAGAGAACAAAGGCAAACAGAACAAGGAGGUUCUGGACCUGGCAUUUAGCAUCACGUAUGAUGUAGAAGAAUACAGUCUGAACUUCAUCGCGCCUUCCAGAACUGAUUUCUGCCUGUGGACAGAUGGACUGAGCGUUCUCUUGGGCCGGGAGAUGAGUAGCGAAUCCAUGCGCAGCGAGCUGGAGAUCCUCCUCUCUAUGGAGAUUAAGCUCCGCCUCCUGGACCUUGAGAACGUCCCCAUCCCCGACAGCGCACCGGUUGUCCCCAAACCUCCGAGCAACUACAACUUCUGCUACGACUUCAGCCAGACUGAGCAGUAGAGUGUGUGCACAGGCUGGAGUAUGACUAGGAUGUGAGAGUGUGUAAAUAUAUAUGUAUGUGUAUGUGUGUGUGUGUGUGUGUGUGUGUGUGUGUGUGUGUGUGUCUGAAACAAGGUGUGUAUGUGGUGAGAUGUGACUUGUGCAUCUAUGCACUUAUUAACACAGAUUUAUAACCCAGCAGCAUCUGUGGCCUGGUUCUCUACAUCCAAGUAAAAAAAAUGAAAACUUCAUACUACAGUGGCGGUUGUGGGUAGGAAUCACUAUCGGCUGUACUAAUGCUGCAGAUUAUCACUCCUCAUCUGGGAAAGAAAUGUCUUUUAUGUGCUCUCAAUCAGAUGAUGUUGAGCUGUCUGGAAACUUCAACAACUUCCAAAAACAGAGACUUGGAUAAAUGAGAUUCUUGAUGUUAAAAAACACCACAACUCAAGUAAUGGUACUUUAAUUCUGUUUUGUAAUCACUUUUAUAUUUUUAAUUAUAUCUAAAACUACAUAUGAUACAUGGAAUAUUCCUGUGUGUGAGGCUGCUUCUUACUGUACGAGGCUACAGAUGCUUUGAUCUGGUUGUGCUCAUUUCUGUUAAAUUCUUGUAUUUUCUUUCCUGAAAAGAGGGCAUUAACGAGAGCACAGUGCUUUCUCAAUCUGUGGUACAUGUUAGACUCAUUUCCAAUGUGCGAUGUAGCAAUACAGUAUGUUUUCAAUGUUGGACAAUAUUUUUACUUUAAUAUACCCAUUGGUACUCACCUUUGUACUGUGGAGCCGUGUUGCUCUGAAAGCUCUAGAUGACUUAUUGUUUUAUAGAAAUGCAGACCUGCAUUAGGUACCAAGCUGACAAAUGUUUCUUUUUGCUAUUAAGAGUAAUAGGCAGUUGUACCUAUGCAACCAACAAUCAUCCCUGUACAGCAGUAUGACACACUGAGCAAUCGAUGAUCUUUAGGUUUGUCUGAACUGUCUUUCACCAAACUGAUUAACUCGACCGAUUCAUUUCAUACAAGGUACGUGUGAUGAUGUGAUUGUGGUGACCUGCUCAGUCACAGUGUGCCACAUUCAGACUCUCCAAGCAUUCAGUGUUGACACUCGAAGCAGCUACACAUGACUGACACAGGUCUACAGUACGUCACAAUGUGCUUCUUGGAUUUUUUUUUUUUUUUUUUUUUUUUGCAUCUGGUCGUUUCAUUUCAGCACAGUCACGUCUUUCCUCUGCAGUGCAUUCCUGUCACACCACCGUCUGUGAUGAUAUUCACUUUGAAUCGUGUCCUUUGGGUGACUUCACAUGAAUAAACAGUUUGAUUUAUACUGAGAAAAAAAUAA